UCGUCUGUACAAAAAUUAUGGGCACAGCAUUUGAAACUGCACGUUUUGAGCGAGAAAGAAUUUGUUGAAAUGCAACAACUGUAAACGCACAAUUGUAUAUGUAAAUGGACCAACAACGCAUGUAUCGAGGUUGAUGGCAAUCUUCAACCUCUGAUCUCCCGUGCUUAUAUGUUUGCCUGAAAAGCCAAUAAUUUGUGACAAUGUUGUGGAUAAAAACAAGCUAGUAGAGCUUUUACAGCUAUAGUUUGCACGAAUUUUACAGUAGUUACUGUUGGAAAAGUGCAACCACUGUUCUCUUUUUCUCUUCAAUAAUUUACUAGAUAGUCCCCACAUGUAAGAGUUAAAGUUGGAAACCUCUAACUUUAUGCGCAUAUAAUUAUUAAACAGGCUUCAGUUGAAAACUAUGGAGGCAAAGAGAGAAAGAUACCAAAACAUAUAUGGAGCAGAAAACAGAAGGUAAGUCUUACAUGAAGAGAGGUUUGUGGAAACCUGAAGAAGACAUGAUAUUGAAAAGCUAUGUUGAGACUCACGGAGAAGGAAACUGGGCAGACAUUUCCCGUAGAUCCGGGUUGAAGAGAGGAGGAAAAAGCUGUAGGUUGAGAUGGAAGAACUAUCUAAGACCAAAUAUCAAAAGAGGAAGCAUGUCACCUCAAGAACAAGACCUCAUUAUCCGCAUGCAUAAGCUUCUUGGAAACAGAUGGUCGUUGAUCGCCGGACGCCUUCCAGGUCGCACUGACAACGAAGUCAAGAACUACUGGAAUACCCAUUUAAACAAGAAAUCCAGUUCCAGAAAACAGAAUGCACCUGAAUCAAUCGGCGCCACUAAUUUCACCGAUAAGCCAGUAAUGUCUACAGAAGUGAGAAGAAGCCAUGGAGAAGGAGAAGGAGAAGGGAACGGUAUCGUAAGAAAUACCUGGAUGGAGGAGGAGACCAACAGCUUUGACUAUGACGUCCGCAUAGGAUCUCCACUGCCUCUCAUCUCCCACUACCCAGACAGCACUCUUGUUUUUGACCCAUGUUUCGCCUUUACCGAUUUCUUUCCUUUGCUUUAGGACUUACCUUGCUUUAUCUCGAGGGAUAAAUUCUUGCAUAGACUUUGUGAAUCAUUAUGGCUUUUAGUUAUACAAUUUUACAUUGUGGGACGUAGUCUACGCAAGAAAUUAAUCAUAAUUUACAAGUCCUAAUUCGUUGAGGAUCCAUUCUUAUUUCUUACCUUUAUUAUCAACUGCAGCACAAUAC